GAUCGUCUCUCGUGUCCCACAGCGUCUCUCGGGUCAGGGCUACUGUUUCUCCGCCUCGCUGCCCCCCAUGCUGGCUGCUGCCGCCAUCGAGGCCCUGAACAUCAUGGAGGAGGACCCAGAUAUCUUCACUGUCCUGAGGGAAAAGUGCAAACACGUUUACAAGGCUCUACAGGGAACUCCAGGUCUGAAGAUAGUUGGAGUCCCGUGUGCUCCGGCUCUCCACCUGCAGCUGGAGAGGAGUUCAGGCUCCAGAGAGUCGGACAUGCGGCAGCUGCGCUCCGUCGUAGAAUAC